GCCAGAUCCUGCUACGACCAUGGAAUAAGCCCUGCGCAACCCCUCCGAUCGACUCGCCAAACUUCACCCUCCCCGCGUCCAGACCUCGUCAUCCCGCACAGGUCUCCCCGAGACGCGCCCGCCCUGUUCUCCUGCGGACUCUCCGUCGGCCAUGAUGCGAGCUACUGCAGGAACAUUUCAGACAAACAUAUCCCUUCUCGAGACGACCCGCCUCCUGUUCGCCCUCCAUUCACUCUCUCUGUCUGUCUAUUGUUGAUUCUUUUCGAGCUUGUGGACACGAUUUCCGGGUGAACCACCCCACCCGCCAUUGAUUUCAACCGUGCCUUGCACAGUAUACGAAUAUACGACCGCUUUUUAGAAACAUAUAGAUUUCGUCUGAUCCGAGAUGCCUGGACUACCGGCUAGUAUCGACCUCGACGAGUGCAUUGAGAGACUCUACCGGAAAGAGUUGCUGGCGGACUCGGUAAUCGAAGCUAUAUGCGCCAAAGCCAAGGAGCUGUUGAUGAAGGAGAGCAAUGUCGUCCACAUUGCGGCCCCCGUGACUGUCGUCGGAGAUAUCCACGGUCAAUUCUUCGAUAUGCUCGAAAUCUUUAAGAUCGGGGGGUUUUGUCCGAAUACGAACUACCUAUUCCUGG